ACACAAAGUUGUCUGACCCCCCUGUUACCCUCUGCUGGUGGUCCAUCCCAGCAUCACCACGGUUACACACACAGGACAGAGAGAGGUGAUAUAUGUGUCAGGGAACUCCACGUCUCCAUGGCGACGGUAAACAGGUCUGUCAGUGUGACUUACACACAGGUGAAACAUUAGCCAGGGAGAGAAAGAGAAGCCACAUACACAAUCUCUCUCUCUCUCUCUCUCACUCACACACACACGCACACACACACACACAUACAUCUCAGUGGUCGGGACAGAUGGCGGACUCACAGAGAACAUCUGAACCUCUUAACUUUGUCCAUCAGGAUGAAAUCUGGAAAGCACAUGUGAAAAUGGAGAAGGAUGCUGCAAAUGUCUGGCCCAACAAGUGGGGAUUCUUGACCGAGACCUACAAAGAGUACGAGAGUGAGAGUGUGAAACUGAAGGAGGGGGGAAGAGAGGAGCUUCCACAUCACCUGAAACCACCUGUGACCACUCAAGAAAAAGACAACAAGGUUGGCCCGUCUCCUACCGUCCCUCGGACGACUCAGGCUCUGAUUGGCUGGCGUUCGGCUCACCCAGAUCUUCAACUCGAAAAGUUUGGCGUGGUGCAUCAUGGGAGGCGUAGUUUUCUGAAGGAGCUUGGCUGGCCGCUCAACGCUUGCAUCUGACAGGAAGCCACAAAUCUUUGUGGUUUGCCGAACAUACAUUCUUCGUGUUUAUCUGACUUAACACCUAUACUUCACUAUGAUUUUAUAGCUGCAUUAUAGUGAAUCGUAUAUUUGGUAACCAGCAUUUAUCACUUUAUUAAUAACAGAUUUUCAAUAACUAUGGGAGAUUUCAAAUGUGGAUUAAUUCUUAUGUUUGACCUUUAUCAAAUCAGUUUAAUAAAGUUGUGAUGACAUUUUUGUUUAUUAAAAACUAAAUUUCCCAUGUUCCUUUUGCUGUUAGUUUUCCUUUAUGUGCAAGCUGCCUCACACCAAUUGGCUAGAUUGAUAAAGUUGUAAAAAUUGAAAUGAACUAAAACUUGCCAAAUACUGUGUUUCUCUUUCCCUUGUCUGUUAAGAGGAAAAGUCAAUCCUGCUCCACUUUACAGAAAAGACAUUCAUGACAUCACAAAGGGCAGU